ACCUGUCCUCGGAGCGGUGCAGCCCGACCGCAGCCGCUGCACCCUCCCUCCUCCCAACCCAGCACACCGACAGGACCCGGGUAUCCCGUGAGGCAUGGGCAACUUCUCCAACACUUCAACCUGCUGCGACGGAGCUUCGGGCGGGAACAUUCCGUGGGCUGUCACCUACGCGCUGAUGGCAGUGGCCGGGAGCACGGCCAACUUGCUGGUCAUUUACCUGGUAUCCUCCGUCAGGAGGCUCCGCAGCACCAGCAACGCCUUCAUCGUCAACGUGUGCGCCGCCGACCUGCUGCUCUGCGCGUUCUGGAUGCCCCAGGAGGCUGCAGCUCUGGCGCAGCCGCCGCCCCCGGCCGCCGAGCGGACCAUCGCCGGGUCGCUGCUCUGGCUCGGGCUGCUCGCCUCGCUCUUCUCGCACUCGCUCGUCGCCCUCAACCGCUGCGCGCUGAUCACCAAACUGCCGGCGGCUUACCGAGACCUCUACCGGCGGAGGAACGCCGCGGCGAUGAUGGCAGGCUCCUGGCUGGCGGCUGCCUUGCUGCUGCUGCCCUGGCUGGCGGGGCGAGGUGACAACAGCCGCCGCCCGCUCGGGGCUUGCUCCCAGCUCCCGGUUGUCGGCCCCGCCCUCUCCCGCGGCUGCUCAGCUCCUGCCAGCCCCUAUGCCGGUGCCGUUACCGCCGCCGCCAUCCUGGCUCAGACCGCCGUCCUGCUGGGUGCUUACUCCCGAAUACUGCGCCGGGUGCAGGUCAGCGCGAAGAGGGUCAGCGUCCUCAACUUCCAGAUCAUUAGCAACCUGCCCUACCCGUUCGCUAGGAAGGACAGGAGGUCCCGCUUCUCCGUCUCCUUCGUCCUGUGCGCCUUCCUGCUGAGCACCGAGCCGUUUCUGUGGGUGCUGCUCUUCGGGCUGUUUCAGCCGGUGUCCACCGCCCUCUCCAACCUCGCCUGGCUGCUCUUCACCCUGCUCUUCGUGCUGAGCCCCUACCUGUACACCCGCAAAAACGAGGAGUUCAAGAAGUCCCUGCGAACUCUCCUCGGCAUCGAGCUCGUCAGAGAGCCGACGGGGGUCGAGCCGGCCAUCCAGGCGGUAUCGCGAUGACCCUGUCACCUCAAGCCGGAGACAGGGGCGGCCCAAAGCCCGAGCCGUGCAGAAACUUCUCACUGGAUCAACAGUGCCACGGAUUCAAGCUCGCCGGAGUGUGAAAGACCGUGUUAAUAAUGUACUAUGAAAAAAGUGGGGUACUUCCUCGACGGCGGUGACCCGCGUGGGGUCUGCCCGAGGUCAGGUCCAAUUUGGUGUGCCACGACGUGUGUGUGUGUGUGUGUGUGUGUGUGUGUGUGUGUGUUGUGCGUCAGGUUUAUGUUGGACAGCGCCUGACUUUUCUGACAUUGUUCUGAUUCCGUUUCAAUCGCGGGGCCGGGGUGAGGUCGGCUCGAUUGGCCCACUCCUCAUCACCUUUGAUUUGAGCGGCUCUAGCGGCAGGCAAUGAAGAGUUACCACAUUGGUUUCUGGUGUGGAAUCACACGGCAGUCGUCCUCCCGGAAUUUAGACUGCAGCAUUGAAAAGCCUUUACAGUGUCAAUC